CGGAGUAUUUUUGGUUCUCACUGUUUCACUCCCUUUGGGACUCUCUCUCUCUUCCUCCGCCUUCUGCUGCAUCUUUAUUCAGAUUUCGGAGGAUAAAAUCUGUACGGGCUGAUUAUAUUGCGCACAGAAGCUUCUGUACCAACCGCCGCUACCGAGCGUCUGAACAAAUCUAGGCCUCUGCUUGAUUCUCUUAUUCCUUCUUCUCCGUCGAGAAAGCCAGAUUUCGUUCGGAUCUGGUUUUCGAGCGAAAAUAUAUAACUCAACAGUUGCAGUGAAAUGCGUGUAGAUUUGCGUCUCGUGUUGCUGCCCUGAGGUGUCUUGUUUCGCAGCGUCUUAUCGGCCGAAUAAUGGCGAUAUCUAGUCCCGUCACUCCCGGUCAGGUAUCAUUUUUGCUCGGAGUCGUGCCGAUAAUUGCAGCUUGGAUUUACUCCGAAUUUUUGGAGUACAAGAAAAAUUGCAACUGCUCUAAAGCUAGGCACUCUGAUAUCAAUCUAGUUGAAGUGGGAAAUGACACGAUAAAAGAAGAUGACAAAGCUGUUCUACUUGAGGGAGGAGGUCUUCAUGCAGCUUCUCCCAGAGCCCGAAGUUCGUCCACCACGUCUCCUCUUAUCAGGUUUCUUCUGAUGGAUGAGUCUUUCUUGAUUGAAAAUCGAUUGACGCUUAGAGCUAUAGCUGAAUUUAGUGUCCUUUUGGCCUACUAUUAUAUAUGUGAUCGAACAGAUGUCUUUAAUUCAUCACAGAAGGUGAAAUUUUUUUUAUAACAUUGUACUUUUUGA